AAUUAUUUCUAUAAUAUAGACUAAAUGGAUUAUUUAUAGUCUUUUUUAACUUUAUAUUUUAGACAUAUGACAUGUAGUAACAUACCAUAUUAGUUUAAAUCAGUUGUAAAAUUAAAAAUGUUAACAGCUUUGAUAGGUAUAUUUAUUUAGGUUAGUUACAGCUAAGUUUACAUGGCUAGUUAAUAUGCUUUUAUAAAUUGCAAUUUUUAUUAAUUUCCAAAUUAAACAUGUGGCACACAAUAUCAUAAACUAAGUUUAUACUGGUGUGUUUAUAUUAUUUCAGAAUUUUUUGUUUUAGACACAUGGCAUUUGCUAUCCCACUGUAAGUUAAAACUAGUUGUAAAAUUAAAAAAAUUAUAUUGGAACUUCUAUUUCUUUUAACAUUCAUGUUUAUUUAAUUGAGUUACAACUAAGGUUAUAUAUGAGUUAUUUAUAUUAUCUUAGAAUUUGCUGCUUUAGAGGCCCGGCAUUUAGUUUCACAUUGUAGGUUUAAAUUGGUUCAGGAAUUUAUAUUGUAACUUGCAUAUUUAUUUAGUUGAGUUUAAUCUAAGUUUAUAUUUGAUGUGUUUGUAUUAUUUUAGAAUUUACUGUUUUAGACACGUGGCAUGUGGUAUCCCAAUACACGUGGCUUGUGAUAUCCCACUAGUUAGCUAUUUUAAACAUGUGACAAGUGGUAUGACACUUUUUUAAAAGGUUAAAGACCUUUGCUCCUGAUAAGUAUUGAUGUAUGUGAAAUGUAUAGAAUCUUUCAGUUAUCAGAUAAUAUCAAGAACUCCAUAUUGACGUAAGUUACAACUUGCAAAACCUCGAGUAGUUAUGUAAAAAGCUAUGGAUAUGGAAAUUCAUGAGUGGUUGUAAAACUAUGGACAUGGAGCAAAGAAAGAAUUAAACCAGUUCAAAAUUUCGAUUUAGUUGAUUACUCAAAUUCAAUUUACUUACUACGCUGCAGAGUUGAGUUCUGUAUUAACGAGAACAUUAUUAAAUAUGGCGUAUAUUAUGUUUCUGCUACUACUAUUGCAAAACGAAAUAUGUGAACCUUUCCGAAUGUAUAAGGAUACAGAUAUAAAGAACAAUCAGUUGCUGGCUGUUUUAGCUAAUCUUCCAGAAAGUUACGAGUUAUUAUUUGAAUUUAAAGCAAUACAAUUUUUAAACAAAUGGGCAAGUUUAAUUCAUUUGACAAUUGACGGAGAUAACAGUAAAUAUGGCGAUAGAACGCCAGGAGUAUGGGUAUCACCUAGUAACAAGUUGUAUUUUGCAUCAGCAAUAAAUGGUACAGUUAAUUCAGGUUUUUAUGCAAAUAUAAUAUACCCGUUAAAUGAGUGGAUACAAGUAAAAGUAUCACAAAGUAAGUCUUCAAGUAAAUAUGUAUAUGCAGUUGAAGUAGCAAACAAUGUAAUAUAUAAUACGCAGAAUGAUCUGGCAAUGAAUUUUAAAAAUGUAAAGGUAUUCUUGGCAAAUCCGUGGUACCUUGCUCAGCCUGGUUUCAUUAGAAAUUUGUCAAUCUUAAACACGUGUGCAGUAGAAUCGUUCACCUUGGCAAACGAGUCGGAAAUAAAGGACAACCAGCUGUUAACUGUUUUUACUGAUUUUUCAGCAGAAUACGAGUUAUCAUUUGAUUUUAAACCAAUAACAUACUUGAGCAAAUGGGCAAGUAUAAUUCAUUUUACAAUUGAAAAUGACUGUUGUAACUACGGCGAUAGAACGCCAGGAGUAUGGAUAUCACCAUAUAAUAUUUUACAUGUUCAGUCAGCUAUAAGUGGUGUUGGUACGACGCAGUUUAAUUUAAAUCAAAUACUACCAUUAAAUGAGUGGAUAAAAAUUAAAAUAUCACAAAUCAAUGUCACGAAAAAAUACAUAUUUUCUAUUGAAGUUGCAAAUAAAACUGUUUACAGCAUACAAAAUACACUUUCAAAAAGUUUUAGUAAUGUGAAAGUUUAUUUAGGUGAUCCAUGGAAUUCUGCACAACCUGGAUUCAUAAGGAGUUUGAUAAUAGUGAACAUGAUUGAAGUUACAGAAAUGUUUUGUAAACCACUUAUCGGAGUUAACAUUAGUGGUCAAGUUUCGAAUAUAAAUUUCUUAACUAUUAAUACUACACUUAGUUAUGCAUAUGAAACAGGUGCAAUUGCUUACAACUUAACGUGGGAGUAUAUGUUACCAUAUUUUUCAAAGAUAUCUUCUCAGAGUAAAACUCAUUUAGAAGUAGGCUCUACUUACACAAUUCCUGGUGCAUUCGUGACAGAUAGCAUAAACCAAUAUAUGAAUAUAAUUUUAGACAUGAGAAGCUGCUCAAUGUAUAGUGACUUUACUUUAGAGAUUCCAUUGAAUAUUUCGUUCAACGAUAAUGCGGGAUAUUUAAUAAACCAAUUCACAUCGCUCAAAACAACUGUAACAAUUACCCACAAACUAAACCGAAUAAACAUUAAAGAUUAUGAUGCUUUAAAAGAAAGUUACAGCCGUGGUAUUUGCUGGGAUUCAGUAGAAUCUUUCAUUUAUGCUUGUGUGAACUUAUAUGUUACAACAAGACAGCAUGUUAUGUUUCAAAUAACUAUGGCAAGAAGUGGUCAAAAUUAGAUAUUCGCGUGGGAUCUGUUCUUGGUCAUCAUAUGUCAACAAGAGAUUUGUAUGUUAUACAUAGAAAUCAAAAAACCUACUUAAUGUAUCACAAAACAUAUAAAAAGUGGUUGGCAAUUUCAAACAACGAGUUCGA